AUGGAUAAAUUUGAAAAGACCCUAAAGCGAGCUUCAAAAGCUUGUGACUUUUGUCGCAGCAAAAAAAUCAAAUGUGACGGGGAAUCAUUUUGCAAGAAUUGCAAGAACCACAAUAUUCAAUGUACCUAUAUGUACGUUGCCAAAAAGCGGUCAUCCAGAAGAAGGAAGAGCGUCAACGUGAGCGAUGUUUCAGAGAGUGAGAGCGCGGUUUUUGAAAAUAGUAAGCUAAAGUCUCAUAAAGGCGCCCCCAAGGACCUUGAAGGAAGGCUCGAUAAACUCGAAUCCAUGGUGCAUGCGUUGUUGAAUAAACUGGAACCCGAGACAGAGAAUAGCAAGGAAACUUUUGUUGGAGAGAGCAACUCUCUUGACAACUGCAAGCCAGAUACUGAGCCUGCUGGAGACUCGAAUGCAAACCAGGCAGACCUUGAAGAGUUGUACUUUGGCCCUCUGACCACCUUUUCGUUGUUUUCUGCCAAAGGUCUCAAAUGGCUUGAUAGUCUCCUUCCGGAUAGCACACCAACCAAGGUUCUGCGUCGUCAUAUCAUCACAUUGAUGAAGGCAGAACAUCAAGGGAAACCAACUCCAAAUGGUAUUAUUGCCAACGCGACAUGGGAUGUCUACCCGUCAGCGGAGAUAAUUGAAUAUCUUUUGAGCACCAUUGAGCCUUUCUUUCGGGAUUUCUAUCCUAUGAAGGCCGCUGAAGUGCACCGACUUUUUGACAAGUACUUGAAGUAUAAGAGUGGCCUCCGACCUGUGAACACAUUGCACCCAUCCGAAAUCUUACUCAUGAGCAGCAUUAUGCUCCAUUCGUGUUGCGUAGUCAGUGAGCUGAUAAGAACAAUGAAUCUUCCGUGUCCAAUGUCCUUGACUCAUCUGCAGGAAUUAGAAAGAAAACUCUCUGAAAGUUGUUUAAGACUGCUUCUCGAUCAGAUGGUGUCGCACUCCAAUCUUUUGAAACUACAAGCUCUUUAUCUGCUUGUGCCUAUUUCUGACAUUUGUAUGGAUCACCAUGCGUGCACACUGUCAAACACACUAUUCGCUAGAUCUGCACUCGAGUUGGGUCUGCACAGAGAAGAGAGCUAUCUUGGAGGAAACCAAGAAAGAAGGGAUCAAAAGAUUUACUUAUGGUGGAGGGCUUACGUUCUAGAUAAAGAAGUGUGUCUCAAAAGUGGCUUACCUCCUAUCUUUAAUGACACAGAUAUCACAACGCCUCCUUUACCUGGAUUUGAGGAAUUUUGGGCAAUGCCCUACGAACGUUUGCCGGACGGAAGACAUAAAAGAGAGAUAAUGAGGGACAAAAUCGUUGCCAAGCUGACGUCGUUGCUGGAUAAUGCUAAACAAGAUCUCUCCUUUGAACUCUAUCUCACAUACGAUCUUGCAGUCAUUUCGUCAAGAACGUACCAGGAACUGUUUUCGGCUACGUCUCUCGUCAGGAAAACAAGGUCUCAGAUCACAAGUACGAUCGAAUCACUACUUCAUGAUCUGGAGUGUUGGAGAAUGUGCUUCCCCAAGAGAAUCCGACCAGGAGAGGCGUUUCACUAUUUGGGUUCUCUGACAAAGGCGACAAGCGUGACUGAUGGCAUCUUUCUUCCAUUUGUGGUCCUUAGCUACAAUUUGAAGUAUUACUUGCUCCAGAUCAUUAUAUCAAAGACCAUGCUGCGUCUGAAUUGGUAUUCAGACCAUAAACAUUCUCAUUUAUCUUCGAAUAGGAACAAUCAACACGCUAGGUUUGAAAGCAUUGGUUUGAAUGCUAUAAGACAGAUACUACACAUUGCAUACAAGAUUGACAAGAACAACCAGGCUUAUGUUUAUUUUGCCACCUACUAUUUCAUGUGCGCCUAUGUUGCGCUGAUUGCGGAAGUUUUGCAAAACCUGAACUCACCGGAAGUGGUAGAAGACGUGCAACUCCUGUUCUGGGUGAGCAAAAACUACUUUGCAGUCGGUGCUAUUAAGUCUCUCCUCAACCACCACAAAUGGCAAACGAUGGACAAAAUCAGCAGAUGUCUUUUCUACAUAGUGUGGUGUUCUGUCCCAAACAUUCAGGAGCGUAGCAAGCUCGACGUAGGAGACUUCCUUGAUGAGUUUGUUCAAAUGGCUGACGAAAUCAAAUCUAAGGCCAGAAAAGACGGGUCUACAUCUGUGAAAAUGCCUAAUUUCCAGUCUCCUUCGUCGUACACUCGCGUUUCAAUGGAAAGACCCACGCUCGACAAAACAAGUACCGACCAGCAGCCGCAAAGAGAGUUUCUGGAUCAGAUUUGGGGUUCCUCCUCGACCUCAGGAAAACAGACUCCUAAUAAUAGUGAAGACUCGUUGCUUGACGGGCUUUACUACGAUGAGGACUCUCUGAUUCCAAACAUGUUCAGUCUCCCAAACUACCUUUUUGAUGUCAAUCAAAACCCGCUUGACGCUUCUAUGAAUACAUUAGGAUUAUAG